AUGUCUGGCCUCAAGAAACGCAGUCCUCCAGUUGGAGUUAGUAGCAGAAAUGAUGGCGCAGAUGAUGCCCCUCUAGCGCCAACGACAAUCGACAAGCAUAGUUCACACGACAUCUCGCGGCCGCUCACUAAUUUUCGUGGCCGGCGCACAUACUCGGAAGUGGUGGUGGAGUCACUGGAAGGCGACAAAUGUAUGGAUGCUACAAGUUCGACGUCCGACGCGGAACAUCCGCAGUCAUCGCGACUUUCUAGAGGCUUAUCAGUGAUCUGGCAGAUUCCUGAUACGGUCACUUACUACUACGGGAAUCCUUUUGUGGAGAAAACAGAAGGAAUCCUCCACUUCUUCAAGUAUAAUGAUGAACGCUUGGGUCGAGAAGUUCACUGUCGAAUGCUUUGUAUGCUAGCUGUACCAUCACAGAUCACGCUCAGGGAAAUUCUCCUCUUCAUAGGUCCCGGAAUGCAGACGAUAGAACGAAUAAAAAUCAUCAGGGAUUCGACUCCAAAUGAAUAUAUGAUUAUUCUGAAAUUCAAAACUCAUAACGAUGCUGUCGUUUUCUACGACGAGUUUAAUGGGACGCAAUUCAAUAGCUUGGAACCAAACCGGUGCAGAUUGCUGUUCGUGGACAAGAUAGAAUGCGUACGUUUCAGCGGUUUUGUUAUCAAGGAUGUUAAUAGGACUACGGUUUUAUAG